UUCGUGAGAAACUGAAUUUUUUUUUAAGUGGCUCGAUUCAGGGCGCAGGCGAGAGGCGAGAGCAUCUCUGCUUCUUUUGGAAACGAUCGGAUCGCUCAUCCGGAUCGCACGACUACAGCGUCUUUGCUCAGGACUUAACCUCAGGAUCACGAAGACAUGGAGUCCAUCCGCUGCAUUACAGGAGCUGCAGCUCGACAUGCACAUCACCAUCGCUGCAGCCAUUAUGGCAUCAGGCACUGGGCUUUGUUCUUGACAUCCAUCCCCAAAGCACACCAGCAACGCGCAGCCGACCAACCCCGGAGGUUGUACGCUACCAAGAAUACCACACACGAAAGAGCCACCCGCAAACUCAACCUCGCUCCAAGAGUGGCCUAUCAACCCACCAGCGCUACGACCUGGAUUAUAUCCGAUGGAUUGGUGAGCGCGGACAAGGAGGCUAUUGCGCUGGCUAAGGGAUUGUCACUUCCUUGGACCGUAAAGCGAGUUCAAUGGCGUCAAGGGCUUCAAUGGCUUCCGAUACCGUUCAAAAAACUGAUCAUGGAUUAUCAUCAUGUCAUGAACCGGAGACAGACGGAUAAAUUGCCGUGGUUCCUAACGGGCGAUCCAUUGGCCGCUCCUUACCCCAGCUUCGUGCUCGGCUCCGGCACGAAUGCGGUACCUGGAUUGCUCCAAGUCUCUCGAAUGAGCGGAAAAGCAUCCUACUCAGCCCAUAUUCACUUCCCUGCGCUACCCUUUAUCCAUUUCGAUCAAGUAUUUCUUCAGAGGCAUGAAGUUGUCGUCCAGCUCGCUGCAUUAGGCUUAAUGAAAGACCAAAAAAACUACUUCAGGAUCAAUUCCACCCUCAACACUAUCACGCCCAAAUCUCUCGUGCUCGCAAGGACCAAGGCACUAGAUCAAGGCCUCAUUCCCAAAUCCUACUUUUCUGAUCGAAAUUCCUCAUCAAUUGUCGCUGUCCUGAUCGGAGGCCCCAACGAGGAUUGUUCACAUAACACAGAUAGGAUGGUUAAUCGACUCGCUCGGCUUAUUGACGUACAGGGUUGUAGAGUCUUGAUCUCGUUCUCUCAAAGAACGGCCGCGAAUACGAAGCAGGCCAUCGCUCAGUUGCGAGAGCGAGUCCAGGAUGACGAGAAGAUCUUUGUAUACGAUCCGAUGGCUCCCCAUGGUACUGGUACGACUUCUGGCGGCAAUGAAGGAAACAGGGGUGCAGUGUCCUGGACUGGCGUACCAGGACCAAUUGGAGCAGCGGGCUUUUUGGAGCGUGUGAAUCCUUACGAAGCCAUGCUGGCUCUUGCGGACAAAAUCGUCGUCACUGCAGAUUCGGUUGCUAUGACAAACGAGGCGUUGGCGACAGGAAAACCAGUGUAUGUCCUCGGCGGCGAACUCGCACGCGGCAAGCUCAAGGUUUUCCACCGUUACCUCGCUGACAGCCAUGCCACGCGCGCGUUUCGGCCUGGUCGGAUACCGAUCAUGCCGCUGACCUCGAACAGCAAAAACGGUAACGGUACUAGUUAUGGAAACGAUACAGCCGAUCCUCUGAGCUACCCAGGAGACCAUCCUGCGUGGAACACUUCCUUGGCCGGACAGGGCCCGGAUGAGAUCAAAAAACUUGCAGAGCGUCUUCGGAUCAUGAGAGAGAGCCGGAUUACGGGCAGGAGGGUACCGGAGCAUAUUGCUGAAGCGACGUGUUAGGACAUGCCAUGGAAAUAAAAUCCCCCCAGUAUCUUGUUGGGCAAGCGAUUACAAUGAACGGCAUUAGAUUCUGGCCAUUUAUUAUGGAUAAAAGAGAGCGGGGAGGGUGGAUACAUAUCAUACACGUUAGAAAUGGAUGCGAAAGAAAAUAUGAAAUAGAAUAGAAUAGAAUAGAAUUAAUAAAAUGAAAAAUGCA